AUGGGUCUCGAUAACAAGCUGGACCAUGUGCCUGGCACGGUGUUGUUGAAUGAUGAAGCUGCUCAUGCUGUGGUGAUCACCCUGGGCCUUAAGCACGGCAAAGGCAACGAUGCUCAUAUUGUGCUGUCACCUCAACCGAGCGAGGACCCCAAUGACCCCUUGAACUGGCCAUUGUGGAAGAAGGAGCUUCUUAUUGCCAUUCUCUGCUUGGGAGCCAUGCUAAACGCGGGGACCAAUGGACCCCUCCUCAACGCCUCCUACUUCUCGAUGGCAGAGCAGAUCAACACGUCUUUGACAACUGUUGUCUUGGUUUCUGGGUACAACCUGCUCGCCGCUGGAUGCUCCGGGCCGUUUGUGUGUGCAUUCAGCCGCAAGUAUGGCAAGAGACCCGUCUUUAUCGUCUCUACACUCUUCGACAUCAUUGGCACGGCAGUUGGCGAAGCCAAAAUCUCCUAUAACUACCUGCUGGCCGCACGUAUCAUCCAAGGCUUCUCGACUUCGGCAUUCGAGUCACUCAUUGUGGCAACGGUCGGGGACAUCUACUUUGUACAUCAACGCGGUCUGCGGAUUGCCAUCAUCAAUUUCAUUCUCAACUCCGCCUCCAGUCUCGCAUCCAUCAUCUGCGGCCAAGUCUUCCAAAGUCUCGGCUGGCUAUGGCUGUUUCACUUGUUCCAGAUCUUCCUGGUUCUACAAUUUGUGCUGAUGUUCCUAUUCUGCCCGGAAACAACUUACAUCAGAGACAGACGCUACGACACGGAUCUCAACCGUGACGAGAAGCUUGAAGAACUAGCGGUCUUUGAACACGCCCACAAGGAGAAUGUCGGGGAGCCAGGCCAGGGUGAAACAAUGGGUAUCCCCAAGAAAAAAACUUUUGUUCAAGAGCUGGCACUCUGGACUGGCGUCUAUUCACAGGAUAGUCUUUUCAAAUAUCUGCUCGGCCCCUUCCUGGCUCUCCUCAAUCCUGCGGCAUGUUACGCAAUCAUCACGUCUGGUCUUUUGAAUAGCUGGUACGUCGGUUCGGCCAUCAUCCUGGCUGGCAUCUUCACUGGCCCGCCAUGGAAUUUCGACGCUGCACAUAUUGGAUACAUCGGUGUUGGUCCAUUCGUUGGUGGGUUUAUUGGUUCCCUGGUCUCUGGAAUCACGGGAGACUACGUUAUCAAGUAUAUGACUCGGAAGAAUAAGGGUGUUUAUGAACCCGAAUACCGUCUAGUAUUCAUGAUCCCAGCCUGCAUUGCCUGCGGCCUGGGCAUGUUUUUGUUUGGCUACACCAUGGCAGCCGGGUCGCCUGCCGAACUUUGCUCUUUUCUUCAAGGUGUGAUGAUGGUCGGCGUCUUGAUCGGGAUUUUCUCAACCUUGUCGUACGGUCUGGACUCUUUUCGAAGCCAGAGCAACGAGAUUUUUGUCAUGAACAUGCUAUUCAAGAACUUCAUGUUCUAUGGUCUCUCGAACUUCGCCAAUGACUGGGUUGCCGACAGCGGGCCAGAACAGAUCAUGUAUGUUUUCGGCGGCACAUCGAUCUUCCUGUCCCUGCUCGCCAUCCCUGUGUAUGUUUGGGGAAAGCGCCUCAGGAGCUGGUGGGCAAGGCAUGAUUUGUUCGUCGUUCUCAGGAUGGAGACUCAUGGCCCAGUAAACGAGAUGGGUUAA